AUGGUCGGCUAUCAUCCGGAGGCGAUAAAUGAGCCGCUCACCUCCGCGGAGUACAGCGAGGCGGGACUCGCAAGCGGCAUCGUCACUCGCAUGAUCAUCCAGCCGUUGGAUGUGCUCAAGAUCCGAUUCCAAUUGCAGGAGGAGCCGAUUCGCGGGAGAAAGUCCGGCAAGUACAAGGUUUUUCGGCGAGUACUCGUGUACCUUCUUCACUUUUCAAUUUCCAGGGAGUCCUGCAGUCGGUGUUCCUGAUCACUCGAGAAGAAGGUGGAAAUGCCUUCUGGAAGGGACACAUACCUGCUCAAGGGCUGUCUGCGAUGUACGGCCUCGUGCAGUUUUCCUCGUUCGAGUGGCUCUCGCGUCAUGCGGGAAGACUUGUCCCAUCAGAAGAUCCUGCAGUACGAUCGUCUUCUGAUUUUAUCUGUGGAGCCCUCAGUGGAUGUCUCGCGAUGACAGCCGUCAGUCAAUGACUCUGAACAAUCCUCCCACAUCGAAUGGUUUGCAGGCAAUGCCGUUGGAUGUGAUCAGGACACGAUUAGUUGCUCAGAAGUCGGGACACGCAGUCUACACGGGCACAACGCACGCAAUAAAACACAUUUGGGAGAAAGAAGGAAUCCCCGGUUACUUCCGUGGCUGGGUACCCAGUGUCGUUCAAAUCGCCCCGUUCACCGGAAUGCAGUUCGCUCUCUACAACUGUUUCAUGGAUCUGUGGCCUUUCACGGAGCACGACUCCACUGGAGCACUUUUCAGUGGAGCCAUGGCCGGAACGGUCUCUAAAACGGUGAGCUAUUACUUUCAUAAACAAGAUCGGGUUACAAUUUCCGUGUUCAGGUGCUCUACCCACUUGAUAUGGUCCGACACCGUCUUCAAAUGAACGGUUUCGAACGUUCGGGAUUUGGAAAGACGAGCAAUUACAGUCAAGGACUGUUCAAAACCAUAAUGAUGGUUGUGCGGAACGAGAGUUGGUAUGGCCUUUUCAAAGGACUCUGGCCGAGUCAGAUCAAAGCGGCGGCCAACUCGGGCUGCGCUUUCCUCUUCUAUGAAAUGUUCUGCGAUCUCAUUCGACGAAACAAGCAUUCGAAUGAUUAGGUGAGCGCACAAGAAGUACGUACUCGCCGAGGAAUGAAAUUGUUUUGCAGGAAUCCGUUGCCUAGCAGCAGCUUUCGAAAUCUCCAAGUAGGUUAGACUAGGCUACAUUUCUCCUUCUUCUCCCUCUCUUCUCACGAAAUAUCUCCUCUGUUUUGUUAGUUUUCCAAGUUUACUAUGUCAAAUUUUGUGCCUUUGACAUCGUGCUACAGGUUGUAUCUAUGAAUGUAUUCGGUUUCAGAUUGCCUUUAAACUUCGCUCCCCGUUUUUUUCUUUGUGGUAAUAAAAAUGAGAUUCUUAUCCGGGAUUUCUAGAUGCGCGUCUUGCGAGUUUUCACAAUCACAAAACGGGAAAAUCCCCGCCCAUUAUAGGUCGAAUCGUAUCGAUCCAUGCAGCCGCGUUCACUGUCAGUAAGCUCAUUUUCGGCACCGCUGCCGACAAAACAUGCAACUCGCGGCUGCUCAUCGGAGGAGUUCUCAUCUGCUCGACUGCUUCCAUGUGUCUAGGUACAAACUGGAAAUACUGUACUUAUGGGAUAAACAGUUUGCAGCCUUCUCGAGUGCAGUCUGGCAGAUUGAAGUAGUGAUGGCAAUGAUUGGCGGAGUGCAGGGAGCCGCUUGGGUGCCAGCCACGAAACUAGUCGCCACAGUAAACCCUUUCCCUUUGAAAAGUUCCUCUGACGUGGUUCUUUCAGUGGUUCGACGACUCUUCCUUCGCGACGAUGUUCUCUUUGCUCGGCUGCGGAAGCACUCUUGCGGGCAUGAUCCUCCCGCUUUUCAAGAACUUAUACUGGCGAACCGUUGAGCUGAACUCUGGUCUUUUCAUGUUUAUUUUUGCUUUGAUCUGCAAGAAAUGGAUAAUCACGGAGAGCGGACUUCAGAUGGAGGGGAAAGCGAUGAAAAGGACCGAACUGGAAGCAUCACACGGAGUCAAAACAAUUGUGAAAAGUUCAGUUAUCUGGCACAUCGCUCUGGUUUACUUCUUUUCCAUGGAAAUGCGGACCAUCUGCGAGACGUGGGUGCCGUUGUAUCUAAACGAAAACAAGGUGUCUGUCGAUGGAUUCCAGUUCCUUUACGAACUCGGAGGACUAACGGGGACCAUAGUCAGCGGGAUGUUACUCGAUAACCUCUCCGAGAGAAUGGGAGUGGAUCAGUCGAGGAGACUGCUCGGAAUCAUCUUCUCGACUGCAAUGAUGUCGCUGGCGAUCGCAGUGUUCAACUACGAGCAGUUCUCCUCUCCUCUCGGCUUCGUCACCGGAUUCUUCGUGAACGGAUCCAUCAACGUGUGGUGUCUGAUCGGAUCUCAGUCGGGAACUAGGAACGUCGCAGGCACAGUCUCCGCAUUCAUCAGUUUCAUUGCUUCCAGUGAGUCAAACAUCCAAUCCCUUCAACUUCUCCUCAUUUCAGUGGGUUCCAUCUUCGCCGGCAGUCCACUCGCCCACCUCAUCGCCGUCUUCUCCUUCCCGGUUUUCACAGUCCUCUUCAUCGCCCAAAUUCUCUUCGUUCUUUCGAUUUCCAGCCUUCGGAUCCCGUUGAGAAUGGAUUCGAUUACUACUGAAAAGAAGACUGAAUGA